UAAGUAAACACUCGUGAUCUGAAAUUUAUCUCUGACCGUUCAAGUCCUAGCAAAAUUUCACCGACGCAUUCCGCUUAUGAAUACUCUUAUCAUUAAAAAGUAACGUUACAUUAAGUCUAUCGAGAAGUAAACGUUUGGGAAUAAAAUGAAGAUACGAUGUUUUAUAUUGCUUGAUGUAAUUCUUGUUUAUGUCUCUGCUGACCCGAGGAACGAGACAGAAUGCAGAAGGGGAUGGAUACCACAUGGCACCAGCUGUUAUCUGAUAAGCCACGAACGGCAGGACUGGCAUAGUUCUGAGGCAAUGUGUGAGCUUCUUGGCGGAUAUCUUGUAGAAAUCCAAAAUGCCGAUGAAGAUGCCUUCAUUAGAAGAAUUGUGGAUUCCUUGCAAAAAAGCGUGUGGACAGGUGGGGCGGAUAUCGAGCAGGAGGGAAAGUGGGUAUGGAUGGCAUCUAUGGAGCCAGUCAAUUACGCCAACUGGGACUCAGGAGAACCCAACAGCUAUCAGAAUUCAGACGAAAAUUGUGUGGACGUUCGACCUGGCCACUCUGGAUGGAAUGACGAACGUUGCAUGACCAUUCAGAACUAUGUCUGUGAAAAUUCCGAACGGGAAGUCGCGGUUAUAGGCUGAAGUCAAGGCCAUUUCUAUGUCAGCAUUACGAUGGAGAAUUUUCAAAGGCUAAAGCAUGUUACGAUUAUUUGCUGCUUUUAUCUUGAUAUGUAUCUUAUGGACAUAAAUGUAACAAUUA